UUAACGCAUUUGGUUGGGGGGCAUGAGUGAGAACUUCCGCACAACAUCCGCCCUGUUCCUGCUGUGUUCCCAGCUCUCUGCUUAUCCCCUGCCUGCCACUUCUCUCCUUCCGGCGCUGAGACAAAAGCCAUCCCCCAUUCUCUCUCUCUCUCUCUCUCUCUCUCUCUCUCUCUCUCUGUGUGUGUGUGUGUGUCUCCCCGCUAUAGGAUGCUUGUCCUUUCCAUGGCGGUGCCGAAUCACUCUAUACUUCUCUCCUCUUGCUCCUCCGCCUACCGCCUUAAUCCCCUCCUCCUCUCCCGCGGCUCUCUCCGCCUUCGCCGCCACCGCUGCAUCGCCUUCUUCUCCGCAGCCGCGUCUGCCUGUCAAGUGUUCACGUCCCCAGCCACCUCCAAGUCCUUCGACUUUGCUUCCGAGGAGCGCAUUUAUAGAUGGUGGGAAUCCCAGGGGUAUUUCAAGCCAAACUUUGACCGGGGAGGAGACCCUUUUGUCAUUCCGAUGCCACCCCCGAAUGUUACUGGAUCACUUCACAUGGGACAUGCCAUGUUUGUGACUCUUGAGGACAUAAUGGCUAGAUACUUCCGUAUGAAGGGAAGGCCUACGCUAUGGAUUCCUGGCACUGAUCAUGCUGGUAUUGCUACUCAGUUGGUUGUGGAAAGAAUGCUUGCAUCCAAAGGCAUAAAAAGGACUGAACUUGACAGGGAUGAGUUCAUUGAUAAAGUUUGGGAGUGGAAGGAAAAGUAUGGUGGAACUAUCACAAAUCAAAUAAAGAGAUUAGGUGCAUCUUGUGAUUGGAGUAGGGAACAUUUCACCCUUGAUGAGCAGCUUAGUCGAGCAGUUGUUGAAGCAUUUGUCCGUCUUCAUGAGAAAGGAUUAAUAUAUCAAGGGUCAUACAUGGUCAAUUGGUCUCCCAACCUUCAGACUGCCGUCUCUGAUUUGGAAGUUGAGUACUCUGAAGAGCCUGGUUUAUUGUAUUUCAUCAAGUAUCGUAUAGCUGGAGGUUCGAGGAGUGACUGGUUGACGAUAGCAACCACUCGUCCUGAGACAUUGUUUGGUGAUGUAGCCGUUGCUGUGCAUCCUGAGGAUGAACGCUACUCUAAGUACAUAGGAAGACAGGUUAUUGUCCCUAUGACAUAUGGCAGGCAUGUUCCUAUAAUCGCUGAUCGAUAUGUAGAUAAAGAAUUUGGAACUGGCGUUUUGAAGAUCAGCCCUGGGCAUGAUCACAAUGAUUACCAUCUUGCUAGAAAGCUUGGUCUGCCAAUACUCAAUGUUAUGAACAAAGAUGGAACACUAAAUGAAGUCGCUGGCUUGUUCUCUGGACUAGACCGAUUUGAGGCUCGAAAGAAGUUAUGGUCUGAGCUUGAAGAGACAGACCUGGCAGUCAAGAAGGAAUCUCAUACUCUACGAGUUCCCAGAUCACAGCGUGGUGGUGAAGUUAUAGAACCUCUAAUAAGCAAGCAGUGGUUUGUCACCAUGGAACCAUUAGCUGAGAAGGCUCUUCAAGUUGUUGAGGAGGGAAAGCUAACCAUUCUUCCCGAGAGAUUUGAAAAGACAUAUAAGCAUUGGCUGAUAAACAUAAAGGACUGGUGUAUAAGUAGACAGUUAUGGUGGGGACACAGAAUACCUGUUUGGUAUGUUGUGGGCAAAGAUGGUGAUGAAGAGUAUAUAGUAGCUCGAAAUUCUGACGAAGCACAUGCAAAAGCUCGUGAAAAGUAUGGGAAAUCUGUUGAAAUUUAUCAAGAUCCUGAUGUUCUCGACACAUGGUUUUCGAGCGGCUUAUGGCCUUUUAGUACACUUGGUUGGCCAGAUGUAUCCUCCGAAGAUUUCAAGCAGUUUUAUCCAACAACUAUCCUUGAGACUGGACAUGACAUUUUAUUCUUUUGGGUAGCUCGGAUGGUAAUGAUGGGGAUUGAGUUCACGGGUACCACCCCCUUUUCCUUUGUGUAUUUGCAUGGACUUAUCCAGAUUCUCAAGUAAGGACGAAAAAUGUCAAAAUCAUUGGGAAAUGUGAUAGAUCCUAUUGAUACUAUUAAGGAAUAUGGCACAGAUGCUUUACGAUUCACUCUUUCUUUGGGGACAGCUGGCCAGGACCUUAAUCUGUCCACUGAGAGAUUGACCUCUAACAAGGCUUUCACUAACAAGCUGUGGAAUGCUGGCAAGUUUGUAUUACAGAAUCUGCCUAGUGAAUCAGAUAGGUCUGCAUGGGACAGUUUAUUGGCAUACAAGUUUGAUGCAGAAGAUUCUCUUCUGAACCUACCAUUACCAGAAUGCUGGGUGGUAUCUAAACUUCAUGAGCUCAUUGACUCUGUAACCACAAGCUAUGACAAGUUUUUCUUUGGGGAUGCUGGCAGAGAGAUCUACAGUUUUUUCUGGGGUGAUUUUGCUGAUUGGUAUAUAGAAGCUAGCAAAACACGGCUUUACCACUCAGAGAAUGAAUCUGCUGCUGUUAUAUCAAAAAUUGUUCUUCUAUAUGUGUUUGAGAAUAUAUUGAAGUUGUUACAUCCUUUCAUGCCAUUCGUUACUGAGGAAUUAUGGCAGGCUCUCCCAUAUCGAAGGGAGGCUCUUAUGGUUUCUCCUUGGCCUAGGACAUCUCUUGCGAGGGAUGCUAAGUCCAUUAAAAGAUUUGAAAAUUUGCAGGCUUUGACUAGAUCAAUCCGAAAUGCACGAGCAGAGUAUUCAGUAGAACCAGCAAAACGUAUUUCUGCAUCUAUUGUUGCAGCAACUGAUGUCCUUGGAUACAUUUCUGAAGAGAAACAGGUUUUGGCUUUGUUGUCAAGACUCGACCUACAAAAUGUUCAUUUCAGAGAAUCUCCUCCAGAUUAUGGGGAGCAAUCUGUUCACCUUGUGGCUGGAGAAGGUCUGGAGGCAUAUCUUCCUCUUGCAGAUAUGGUGGAUAUAUCAGCAGAAGUUCAACGACUCUCAAAACGCCUUUCUAAAAUGCAGUCAGAAUACGACACACUCAUUGCUCGCCUCAGUGCUCCUAGUUUUGUAGAGAAGGCACCUGACGAAGUUGUUCGCGGAGUUCGUGAAAAAGCCAAUGAAGCUGAGGAGAAGAUUGCUCUCACUAGAAACCGUCUUGCUCUUCUCCAAUCAACAGCAACAGCUGCCACAUCACCCUGAC